GUGUCCAACGCGCACCACCGGCUGCUCAUGGUAUUCUUCUGUUUUACUCUUUACUGAGCGGACAGAGGCAUCGUUUCAUUCUCUCGGUCUGUUGGUGUGGUCGUAGUUUCAUUUAAUCGCGUUCUUAAUCUCUUUGAAAACAGAUGUUUCUGACACAUGACAGCUGUGUGGAUGAUUACGCGGCGCGUGCAUUUUCCGUAACUUUCCCCCCUCCGAAUUGCACUGAUCCAUGUCGAGCACGUUCAUUUCGGGGAAUUAAUUAACAUCAUCUCUUCCCGCUGAAGAGCACACUUCACUUGUCCUCAUGGAUAUGUAUUCCUCUAAACUAUCACCCGCUGUGGAUUAUGGAGUUGGCGCGUUCCUGCUGCUCAUUGCAAUUCUUUCCAUAGUGGGGAACUUGGUGGUUCUUGUGAUGGCGUAUAAGCGGUCAAACCACAUGAAGCCCCCAGAGCUUCUAAGCGUGAAUCUUGCUGUGACAGAUCUGGGAGCAGCCGUCACAAUGUACCCGCUGGCUGUAGCCUCAGCUUGGAACCACCAUUGGAUAGGAGGAGACGUAACCUGUGUGUACUACGGCCUGAUGGGAUUUUUCUUUGGAGCAGCUAGCAUGAUGACCCUGACAAUUAUGGCUAUUGUUCGCUUCAUUGUGUCUUUAACGCUCCAAUCACCCAAAGAGAAAAUCAGCAAAAGGAACGCAAAGAUACUUGUGGCAACCACAUGGCUGUACGCUCUAAUCUGGGCUCUUUUCCCUCUGAUUGGAUGGGGAAAAUACGGCCCAGAGUCCUUCGGCCUGUCCUGCACUCUGGCCUGGGGGGACAUGAAGGAACAAAGCCAGUCUUUUGUCAUCACCAUCUUCCUCAUGAACCUCAUUCUCCCAGCCAUCAUCAUCAUGUCGUGCUACUCUGGAAUCGCUCUGAAACUAUACAUCACCUACAAGUCUAUGGACGACAACAACCACAUACCCAACAUGAUAAAGAUGCAGCGGCGGCUCAUGGUGAUCGCUGUGUUGAUCAGCAUUGGGUUUGUUGGCUGCUGGACGCCGUAUGGCAUCGUAAGCCUGUGGUCCGUCUACCGGCCUGGUGAUUCAAUCCCUCCUGAGGUCAGCAUGCUACCAUGUUUAUUCGCCAAGACGUCCACUAUAUACAACCCGUUCAUCUACUAUGUAUUCAGCAAAAACUUCAAACGAGAAGUCAACCAGUUGAGCUGCCUCUGCAGGAGAUCCAACAUCCGUACAUCUGAUGCCAAAAUCGACCAGGAGAAUACCCUCUUUCUGGUGUGUGACCCAAACAAGUCCAAACCUGGAGCAGGGGAACAGUCAUUCGAGAAGAGCAAGGAGAAUGAGACUCAACUUAUGGCGAAUCAGUAGGAUCUGUGACUUGCACUCUUAUGAAUGAAUAUGUACAGAACAUUAGUUAACAGGAACUUUUGCCUGGUUAAAGUCACCAUGAAAUCAAAAUUGACUUUCUUUUAAUGUAAUAUUACAAUAUUUAUUAUAAAUGAUUUUUCUGUGCACUCAUAAUCUUUUAUCAAAAUAACUGCCCCUACCUCUUGCGCCAACAACUAUUCUCUUCUCUGGUGACGUGAGUCUGCAUGAGGGCGGGACAACCUGUCACUCAAAUGAGAUCCACCAAUAGCAAACCACAACCAUCCAAUAAUCCAAUCAAUUCCCAUUGUAAAAAAAAAAUCAAGUCCUUCCCUAAAAUCUGUCUUGAUUGAGAAGCCAUUUAACAUUAGGGACAAAAUUAGGGACAAAAAUACCAUCACAACUUCCAUUUCAUGCUGACUUUAAUUGCACAUGGAGUGGUCCUUUUUUUUUUAUUAUUCCACAAGCUGCAAUACGGAUCCAUACCAUCACAACGUAUGGCACAGGACAUUGACACCAUAUUGUCAAGGGGUUUAGGUGUUAUGUGAUGGCUUUAUAAAAAGGGCAUUUCAUGGAAAUAUCAUGUAUAGUCUGUUGAAUCAGGAUGCUAAGUACUCUCAAACGGAUUUCAAGACCAUUUAUAUUUACUCUAAAAGUUCACCCAAAAAUGAAUAAUCUACUCUGUUCCAAACCUGCAAUAUCUUUCUUUGUUCUGUGGAUCUAAACGCCAAAUUACAUAUCGGACAAAAAAAAGCACUCUUAAAGUAUCAUAAACCUAGUCAAAAUAUGACCCGUGCGCAGUAUUACAAGCCUUCUAAACUAAUACAGUACUGUUGUGUCAAUGGUGUCAGGGUAUUUAAAACAUGUGCUAAUAGAGCUUGGCAGUAAUGAUGUAUUUUUUUGACCUGAAAACCCCAAAAUUAGAUUUUAGCACUUCCAGUUCCAUCUUCCUGAAAUCAAUGGGUUUUUUUUUUUUUUUUUUUUUUUAAAUGGGUCUUUGGUUAAAUGCCUACACUUUUAAUUUAUGACAAAAUACAUAUACAAACCCUCUUGUGAUUUUAAAAAAAGUUUGUACUUGUCUUGAAAAAAAAGUUGUUGCUUAAGUGUCAGAUGUUGUCGGGGACAUUAAAUUCACUAGUUUACUUUUACAGCUUUGUGCUUUUUAUAAUCGAGCUCUUGCAAACUAUUCUAACUCGAACUUUCAAGGAAAUAUAUUUUUAAAUAAGACUUUGUCAGAAGAGUUGUCAAUGACUACGUUUACAUGCAGCCAAUUUUCAGGUUAUGGUCGGGUUAAGGUCACUAUUCGGGUUUCUGAAACAUUAGGAAUAACCCGUUAACAUGCGUGAGCAGAGAGAGUUAUAUCCCGAUGUUAACGGCGAUGCGCGGUUAGCAUCGACAACCUUAAGACGCAAUAUGCGUCAUUUCCGAUUCUUCUUCCUGUAUCCAAUGACAAC